UAUUUAAAUAUAUAUUAAACGUAAUGUCAAAAGUUAAACAGUCAAUGUAGUCAAAAAAGCUUUUUAAAUUUUUAAUAUCAGAAUAUGUAUGAAGAUAAUGACACUUAAUACUUAUAGUAAGGCACUGUAUGAGUUUAGAAUCUCAGUUAAUAUCAAAUAAGUUAAGAGUAUUGUACUUUAGUAAUAUCUUGGUGCAUAAAGUAUUGUUUAAUUUCAGUACUUCCAGAUUCUAAUACUCAAAUUGUAUGGAAAACAAAUUGAGUUUUUCAUGAAAAUUUUAAGCCAGCUGUCUUAUGGAUUUCUCUAGUGUUGAAUAUUAUAUUAUUUUGUGUGUCUUAAUUGUUCCAGUCUAUUAUUUUUUUCAACUUUGGGCAUGGCUAGGAUGGGAAUUGUUUAAGAAUAAUUAAUCAUCAAAAACAAAACAUUGCUAUCCAAAAAUGAAAAUACCAUACUUAGAUACAGUAGAAAUUGGUUAAGAAGACGCCACACCCGCAUCUAUCUUACAAAGACAUAACAUAGCAAAUUGUAUAUUCUGAAUAAUUUAAAAUUAAAAUUUAAAAAAAACUUAUGAGGUUCACAAGAUAAUACUCUUAUUUCUAAAAUUGAUCAAUGUUCUUACAUAAACAUACCUGAGUAUAUAGAUUAUUCAGAACGUACAGUUUGCCAUAAUAUGCGUUUGUAAGACAGAGACACCGCAUGUGGAUGUUUAUUCUCCUUGUAACUGGUUGGUUGUUAUAUUCGUUUGGAAUGAGAGCUUGUAUAAUUGGAAAAAAAUAAUAAUCAAACACGAUGUCUACUAUAUGCAGUUCAAGAGUUCUAAAUAUUUUAAAUGAAGAAAAAGAUAAUUCAAAUUUAUUUGAAAAAGGAAAUUCUGUGUAUAACCGAUCAGAUGUUGCAGACAUAGAAAAAAAUAUCCCAAACAUAUUUAUUACCCCAGAAUGUAAUCAAUUGGAUUGUGUUUUAUACCCAUCGAGUAUAACAAAAAGAGAAAAAGCCAUUCCCAAUAUAUUUGAUUUCAAUGCAUUUCAAGCGAGGUCUACAAAUACUUUCAAUUAUACAGAUAAAUUCUUUGAUUAUCCUAAUUUAUUUACCUUGGACAAGAUAUAUUCAGAACCAUGUGGUUACAAAAGUAAUAUCUGGGAAAAACAUGGUAAUUAUACAAGUGUAUUUAGUCUAUCAGAUUUUCAGCACACUGAUUGUGCACAACAUUUAGAGAUUAAUAAUAGGGAUCACCCAAAUAAAGAACAAAUAUAUAAAGAUGAUAAAUUUUCACUUGAAUCCAAGGAGAUAUUUACUAGCAGCAAUAAAUCAGAAGUAAAUGAAUCAAAUACAACUGAAAAAUGUUCUAUCACAGGAGAAGAAAAGAUUAGUUCUGCUUUAUGUUUUUGGUAUAUGGCCACGGGAAUAAAUGUGAGAGAUCAUAACUUAAAAACAUAUUUUCCUCAAAGAGAAAUUAGUGGCAUAUGUAUCAUGCAAGAUAUUAAACUAAUGUUGAUCAAUAUGGGCACAACUUAUUUCCUUGUAGAUAAAGAAACACUUAUGUACAAACGGAAUGGAAACAUUAGUAUAAGUGGCUUAACACCAGAAAUGUUUGAGUCUGCUACUGAUCCAAUUUUGGAGUGUUCUAAUUUAUACAAAAUUAUCAGUAUCACAAUAACCAAAUGGAAGGAAAUGUGUGACAAUAGUAUAGUUCAAGCAUUCAUAUUUUCUGUAUCUAAUAUAUUGGAUGAUUAUGAACGUUCAAUUUAUGCUGUAUCAAACGAAUCUUUGUUGUCACUCGUUGGUCGUUUAUCUUUUAUAACUCCUCGCUUACAGUUGUUAGCGAGUAUAUGUUGUAUAAAAACACAUGGUUGCAUGGUCAUUCCAGAUCGUAUACCUUGUGGUAUAACAUUGUUGAACAAAAUUCAUGAUUAUUUGUUUGAAUAUCGAUUUCCGAGCGAUUUAUUUCUGAAGAUGUUGUUGUACAUUUUUGAAUCAUGCUGCUUAGCUUAUUUCAGAUUAUUAUCAAAUUGGGCAUUAAAAGGGGUGUUAAAUAAUGAAGAAACUGGCAUGUUUAUUAAAGUAAAACCAGAAAUUGACGAUGAAGAUUUUGAUAGUCGUAUACAUUGGAAUCGUUUUAUAAUAGAUGAGAGUGUAGAAGUUCCAUUAUUUUUAAAUAAAUACAAACACGAUAUCUUACAUUGUGGAAAAACUAUUAAUUUCUUCAAAAAAUUCAACGAUUUAAAUGUGUUUUUACCAAAUUUAACUUGUUGUUUUGAUGCUGUUGAUUCUCAGAAGACUUAUGAACAAUUUUCAACUUAUUUCAAGUAUGACCCUAGUUCAAAAAAUGUAAAUUGUGUAAAAAGAAUGUCAAAUUGUUAUCUUUAUGAAUCAAUUGUUGGGUCUAAUUACUCAAAAGACAAUACUGAUAGUAAUACAACUGAAAAUAUAACCAAUGUUACAGACAUUAAAAUUUAUUCUAACAAUGAAAGUUAUGAAUUGUUUCAAAUACCUGAUUGGACUUUAGUUAAUAAUAUAUAUGACUUUAAUAAACCUUAUGGAUUUUUUGUGAAUCAUAAUGAUUCAUUAACAUAUAAUGGAAAUAUUUUUGAUGUUAUUAACAUGAUGGAAUAUGUACCACAUUCAAUACUAAUACCUGCUCGCAUACAAAAGAGUGUUUGUGAUAAGCAAAUAUUGGACAUGUACUUUUCCCAAGAAAAUUUAAUGGAACAUCUAUAUUACUUAUCCCAGUGCUUCUUUUUAAUGAAUUGGUCGUUUUCAUCUAAACUGUGCCAAACUCUAUUUGACGGUAUUGUGACCAACAGACAACAACCUACUAACAUCUUCAAUCCAGUCAAGUUAAAAUCUAUUGUAGAUGAUGCUAUUCAAGAUAGUUUUAAAAGACAAGAACUACAUAAUUUGACAUUAGAGAUGACUUUUAUCCCAAGCUUAAAUGGAUUUAUUGAUAUUUCAGAUGUAGAAUGUAUAGAAUUAAAUUAUUCACCUAAAUGGCCAAUGAACAUGAUUUUGUCAAACAAAAUAUUAUUGAAGUAUAGACGAAUAUUCUUGUUUGCCAAUAAACUAGAAUUUGUUUCUUGGAGUUUAUUAAAAGCAAGGGAAAUAUUGAAUGUAUAUAAAAAUGAUAAAGGAUUACAAUUUAGAAAGAUUAAUCUUUUUAAACAUUGGAUGAAUCAAUUUGUAUCAUCUAUUCAGCAGUAUUAUAAGCAAGUGGUAAUUAGCACAUGCUGGUCAGAAUUAAACGAAAACUUUGAAAAUGUAAAAAAUUAUGAUGAUUUAUUUACGUAUCACAAACAAUACAUGCAUAAAAUGAUAAAGCGGUGUUUCAUGAUUGUUGGUCUCAAAGAUAAACUUAUUAUGUUGAACAAAAUAUACAUAGAAAUAUUAGCUUAUUAUCAAGCAUUAGCGAGUGGUCAAUUUUACAUGAAAAAUAAUGAAUGGUUACAUUCAGAGUUCAUCAGUAUGGAACAGUCUUUUUCUCGGUUUAUAAAGCUAAGAGAAAUGUUUUACAUGAGUGUAUUGAAAACGGUGCAAACCCAGGGAAAUCAUUACAUAGAACAAUUAGAGAGUUUAAUUACUAUACUUGGACCGUUAAAUAAUAAUUUUACAUGAGCAGUUAUGUUAAUAAACAACACUUAAGUAUAUUUUUAAAUUGUUAUUAAGUUACCCAUAUUAAAUGUUAUUUUUUUUAAUAUAGUUAAUGUACUCAAAGUUUUCUAGAAAACAAGCUUCAGUAACUUCAGUUGAAAUGUUAUGUGCUACACACACAAAAAUGUUAUACUAAAGACUCACUACUAUUGUGUUAACAUUGUUAACUAUCAUAUUGAUUAAUAUGUAAUUUAUUGUUAUUUUAAUACUAGUUUUUUUUUUAUACUGUGUCAUAAAAUUAUAUAUAUUAACUUCCAUGAUUAAAUAUUGGUGUUUCGAUUACAUUAUAUUAAUUUAUUUACUGUCAUACAGUCAUAUUAUGUUCUUGGUUGAAUUUAAUUUGAUUACGGAAAUAGACAUAAUAAUUUGACAUAAAUUGAACAAUGCAUUUUUAUUAUAGAUUCGUAAACUGUGCUUGUGAACCAGAAAAACUUGGCUUACCCAUAAAGUGUAAUAUUUGUUAAAUAUUUAUUUUGAAACAAAAAUUGUUAUGGACAUCAAAAUGUUAUGUAAAUUUAAU